AUGGAGGAACUUGCAGACCUGCAAAAUAUGUCUGCGGUGUUUUUAAGCGUGAUGCUAGGGAUCGGGGAAGACAGGUGGGUUUGGGAACCGGAUGACUCGGCGGUUUUUUCAGUCAAAAGUCUCAAAAGAACAUUACAAUUGAAUCGAUUCGCGAAUCUGGGUAACGACUUUGUAUGGAAUAAUUGGAUUCUAAUCAAAAUGAAUUUUUUGGCCUGGAGAUUAUCCUUGGAUCGGGUUCCUAUGCUAGUAGCUUUGGCUCGCAGAAAUGUGAAUACGGGUCAGAUUCGCUGCAGUUUCUGUGGUGUGUAUGAUGAGGAUGCGGAUCAUUUGUUCGUGGGCUGUGAUGUGGCACAAUGUGUAUGGAAUUUCGUAUCACAGUGGUGUAGGAUAUCUAGUAUAUUUGCUUUCCGAAUUAAAGACAUUCUAGAUUGGCACAAAUAUGUUAAAGGUUGUGGAAAAUGGAGGAAGCUUGUGUAUGCUAUCAUGCAGGUGGCACUUUGGGUUGUUUGGCGAAGUAGAAACGAUGUGAUCUUCAAUAGUAAAGAAGUCAGUAUCGAUCGGAUACUGAAUGAGAUAAAACACUUGGCGUUCCUAUGGAUAAGCAAUCGCUCGAAUUUAAGAGGAAUCACUUGGGAAGAAUGGUCCGUUCAAAAAAAGGCCAACAAAAGGCAACAUGGAGUGGUUAAUGAGUACUCGGAAAUCGAGAACAAGUAUCCUUCUAUAGAGAAUCAUGGGGAAAAGUCAAAUUUGGAGCUGGAGGUCAGGGAAGCAAAAGCUAAUUAG